AUGAAUGAAGCCAAAAAUAACAGUGAUGAAGAACAAAAGAAAACUGAAAUAUCUAUCAUGGAAUUUGGUAUGAAGUUGAUAGGUCUAUUAAAUAUAUUCCAGAAAGCGCCUGAAGAUGGUCUGUUCUCAUUUAUGUGGACCAAUGUAACAAAGGGUGGAAAACAAUUCCACACUGAAAUUGUUCUCAACGGUAAAAUUAUUGGUUAUAAUCAUGUCAAUGGAGUGUCAGGCAGUUCUCACUGGGCGUCCGGAACUUCAUCAGCUGUAAUAAAAAUGAAGAGGAAAGACGAAGUUUGGAUAAGAACAGAUGGUUCGUUUGGAUUGUAUGCUUAUGCUGACUGGUCAUCAUUCACUGGAUUUAAAUUGUAA